GAGACGCACAGCUAGUGGCUGCAUCUGCACAGAUGUGAACAACUGGAUCUGUUCACACUUGGAUAGAGGAAGGUUCCUGAGUAAGCAGGAUCAUUGUGAGGACUAAAAGGAAGUGAAUUCAUACCAAGCAGUUGGGAAGGUUCCUGGUGCAAAGUGAGAAGUCAUCAACCACAAUAGCUAAUAAGUGUUAAGUAUUGCAUUUUGGUUUUUCUUGACUUAAGUUUGAUAGUAUUUAUUUACUUCUUAUUAGGAAAAAUAAGGGUUUCAUUUAUUUUUAUACUUUCUAUUAUAGCUUUCCCCUUCUUCGCCUUUUAUCAUUAUUCCACUAAUUGUAUAUCCUCUGUUACAAAGCUUUGUACUUGUAAGCACUUUAUUUACAUCUUUGUUUCUUAUGCUCUCGACUGGACCUACUAUUUCUUGAUUCCCAGCUUUGUAAACUGAGAUAUUAAUCCUCCUCCUCCCUUCAGUACUUUGGCUCCCAAGUUCUAGAAGUGUAUUUUGAUUUUUAUAUUAACAAGUACAUUUACUUCACAUAUUUAAAUACUCUGUUUCAUUUUAAAAGAUAAAGGUUAUUUUAGUCAGAUAAAGGUUAUUUUAUAAUGACUAUAAAUGAAAUAAAACUAAGAUUUUUGAAUCACUAAUAAACCUGUGAGUUAAUACACCUGUGAGUUAUAAUACACCUGUGAGUUAUAUCAUAUUAUAUAUAUUAAUAUUACUUCAGUUUUAAAACUGUCUCCAAAGGACUUGGAUAUAGAUAUAUUUACUUAAGAUUUUUUUUAAAUCAAACAAAAGAGUUUACAAUUUUUGGUGAUAUUUUAAUACACUUCUUAAGAGCUAACUUGUACCAUAUAGCUGUACAUGCUUCUCAGCACUUCACUUCAGUUCAGUCACUCAGUCAUGUCUGACUCUUUCCGACCCCAUGAAUUGCAGCACGACACGACUCCCUGUCCAUCACCAACUCCCAGAGCCUACCCAAACUCAUGUCCUUUGAGUCGGUGAUGCCAUCCAACCAUCUCAUCCUCUGUUGUCCCCUUCUCCUCCUGAGCUUUAGUUUUUCCCGAUGUUUCUAACUGGCUUCAUUUUCACCACUUUCACUGUUUAUCUUCAGCAUUUCCUCCAUUUCUUUCCAACUGUGCCUCAUGUGAUACCAAGUUCCUGUCCCCAGAGACUCUGGACUUCUUAUCCCAUUCUGGACUGGUUUCUCUCUAGGUCUGCUUCGCACCCAGCUGGGAUCCUUGGAUUCCCUUCCCACGGGGUUGAUGUUCCUGACUCCUGGAUCCCACGUCUAUCUCUCUUGUGGGUAUCCUUUACCUUCCUCCAUAAUUAAACAAACAUGUCAUCUAUUUUUUUUUUCCUGCAUCUCAUUUUCAGGUAACUUUCUAAAAGUCUGGUGAAGGGUGAAGGCUGCUGUGAAUAUGGAUGGGACGUGGAGGAGGUGGGCUUGUUCCCUGCUCUCCCCUCGGCCUCCCUCUCAUCUUGCUCCCUCUGGGGCUCUGCCCAGCAGACCAUUCUUCUCUCCUGUCAACACGCUCCCUGCUUCUCUCCCUCUACUGCACUCCUCUUUACUCAGCUAUCACUUCUCCAUCCAGUGAGUCUUCAGACAUUUGUUGAAGACUCUGGUCUCCUGUUGCUCCCAUGCUUGUUUUUAUUAGCAGCAGAGGGAGGAGAAGCAGGCUAUGGGUUCUUGAGCUCAUGAGUGGGGUGGAACCAGUGUACCAAGGGCAAGCCUUCUGACCUUAGGUAAGUCAGCUAACAUCUAUAUGUCAGCUUCCUUAUUUGUAAAUGAGGAUACAGUGGUACACAUAUCAAAAGCUAAUGGAAGGACAUACGAGGUGCCAUUGGUAAAGUUUCAGAGCCGAUACCAAUGCAGAGCAACGAUCACAAACACCAGUUGCUCUUAUCAGUGAAAGUGAAAGUUGCUCAGUCAUGUCCGACUCUUGGUGAUCCCUUGGAUUACACAGUCCAUGGAAUUCUCCAGGCCAGAAUACUGGAGUGGGUAGCCGUUCCCUUCUCCAGGGGAUCUUCCCAACCCAGGGAUAGAACCCACGUCUCCUGAAUGGCAGGUGGAUUCUUUACCAACUGAGCCACAAGGGAAGCCCAAGUGAAGCUGUUUCCACUCGAUUCUGAACCGGGGACCUUUUGCGUGUUAGGUGAACGUGAUAACCACUACACCACAGAAACCAGGCACUCUUAUCAGUAGAUGGUAUUAUACCUAUAUAUACCUUUACCAUCAUUUCAGUCAAGUCUCAGGAGGAGUAGUUGAUAGAAGCUCUUUUGCUUUCUUAAAAAGAGUAGCUAAAUAUCAUCAACACUUGCUUUCCUUCCUCAUCUCCCAUGGCAAGGUAAUCACAUGCAGAACCAAAAUAAAUGAUUUAAUUAUAAAGAUCUGAAUUUUUUAAAAUAAAGACCACUGAGAAUGGGUAUAUCUGAAAGGAUGGACACCCUCAUAUAUUAUAAGUGCGAACAUAAAUUGCUACAGUUUCUUUGCAUGGCAUGGUGGCUCCAGGUAUGGAAAUUUUUUAGGUGUUGAUGCCAUCUGAUCUUAAUUCUACUUCUAGAUAUAGCUUAAGGAUACAGUCUCAGAUGUAGGUGAAGUUUUACACAAGGAGAAUAUUCUUUGCACUAUUAUUUACAUAAAGGAUUAGAAACUCCAUCAAGUCCAAUAUUCAGGAGGGGAAAGCAAGGAGGACAGAACAGCUGCAGGGGUCUCAGUCACUCAGAGCAGGGAUACAGGAAUUGGGGCAGGGCUGGUGGGACUCCAGGCCCUUGUGGGGAAAAGGGCUCUUGCAGAAGCAAGGAAGACCUGGGCUAUGGGAGCCGUAUCACCAGGAACUUUAUCAAGGAGAGACUUGAUAGGGAGCAGGACAUCAUUUUGGAAGGAAGAGUCAUUUACCAAUGAACAUAUAUCCACAAAUAAAUCUUUUUGUAUAUAUAGGGAGUAGAGCAUAGUCAUCACACACAUGUGAUUUGCAUCAGAAGACUCAGGGUCUAGUCCAGACUCUGGUACCAGCGUGACAAUUUGGACUCAGCUAAGUCUGAGUGAGUUUCAGGAGCCUGCAGGUCAAGGACACUAGAUCAAUGUUGUCAUUAAUAUUAGUUAUUAUCAAUUCAAAAACACAGGUGUCGCCACCUCACCUCAUUUCCAGAGUAUCACCUCCUAUCUGUUCUUCUAGUCUCUGGCUUUACUGUUCCUAUAACUUCACAGAUGGCUGUCUCCUGUCUCAUUACCUUCUCCUUGUGCCCCAACAGGAGAGCAGGACUCUGACUUGGCUUGGAAGGAGCUGUAGGAGGUGAAUGACUUUUCUUAACUAACAACCAGCAGAGCCCAGGAGACAGAGAACCGCAGUGGGCUAAGUUCCUGGAGGCACUGGUGGCCGUCCCGGGGGAACCCACUAGAGAACUUGUCCCUCUCUGCUCCCUGUAGCCUCUGCUCCCUUACAGUGGAGCUCACAGUGUGUUUUCUCUUCCCAAGGGUGAGGUUACACCUCCUUCCAGCCUGAUGCUGACAAGGAGCUGAAGGGAGAUCUCUGAGAGCCCCUGCUGCCACCAUGAGCUCAGGAAACUUCGGACACUGCUCAGAUAUUGAGAUCUUUUUUGAGGAUGUUGUUGAAUGUCUCUGGGACACACUAAGCAGAGAGAAGCUGCUACUCCUGCUGAAUGAAUUCCUGGAGAGAAUUAAGGCUGAGGCCAGUUUGUCCAGGGAAGAUGCGGAUGAACUACACAAUUAUCUGAACGAAUUGAAAAGAGCCUUAGUUGAGGAGGACCAAGAAAGACUCCCGAAAGAGCAGCUGGACAGGAGGAGGUUUCUGAAUAAGUUUCCUCGGGUGAAACGGCAGCUGGAGGAGUUCAUAGGCAAGUUCCAUGAGCUUGCAGACAAGGUUGAGAAGGUCCAUAAGGGAUGCACCAUCUCCAACGUGAUGGCCCACAGCACCGGUGCUGUGUCCAGUAUUCUGACCAUCGUUGGCCUGGCUCUGACACCCGUGACAAUGGGGGCCAGUGUGGUGCUCUUGGCCACUGGGAUAGGGCUGGGAGCAGCAGCUGGUGUGACCAGUGUGUCCACCAGUAUCAUUGAACGUGUGAAGAGGUCAUCAACAGAAACCGAAGCCAGUCGCAUGAUGUCUACUGUUGUCAAGAAAUGGGAGGUUCUCCUAGAGGUACUCAAGAGCAACCCCCACAUUGUUGACACAAAAAAGAAAGAAGCUGUACAAUGCAUUGAAAUGCACAUCCAUGCCAUGGAGACAGGCAAUGCCAACUCUGGCUCUGCAGCCAAUGCAAGCAUCUACAUGAGCCCUGGGAGAAUCUCAGUCCCAGCCAUCCAGCAUAUAGAGACAGGUUUCAAAGCCACAGCUUUAACAAUUACCAAAGGAGCCCGGAUUGCGGGUUUGGCUGCUGCAGGGCUGUUCCUUCUGGUGGAUGUGGGCUUCCUGGUGAAGGAGUCAAUGCACCUGCACGAUGGUGCAAAGACAGAAGCAGCUGAAAGCCUGAGGCGACGGGCAUGGGAGUUGGAGAGGAAGUUGGAGGAGCUCACCCAGAUCUAUGAAAGUCUGCAGGAGGACCUAAGUUAGCCACCCCCAGAGCAGUGCGGGGUCCAGGGACAUGUGAGGGUCUAAAGUGCAGAGGUACCUUGUUUGAGGGAAAGAGAGGGAGAGCACAUUAAUGAAGCUUGGUGUUAGGAAUUUGGCAUUUCUGUGGUUGAGCACAUCAGGGAAGGGAUGGAUGUAGGUGAUAGAUGAGGAGAGAGAAGGAAAUGGCCUGGAGCCUGGAUUAAGGGAGGAGGGGGGACCAGAGAAUGAGAGGCGGGGAGAAACCACUUUUUUUCAUACUGAGAACUUUUUAUUUUGUAUUGGAGUAUAGCCGAUUAACAAUGUUGAGAUAGUUUCAGGUGAACAGGAAAGGGACUCAGCCAUUCAUAUACACAUACCCAUUCUCCCCCAAACUCCCCUCCCAUCAGAAACCACUUACUUUGGACUAAAGGUGACACUGGAGGCAGAUAAAAGGGAGAGGCAGGCGAACUAGCAAUGAGAGGCCAAGUAUACCAAUGGGUUGAAAAUGAGAGAACAUCAGUUAGGAUUGUUGGGAUCCAGAAGUAGCAAGGGCUCCUCUAUCACCCUCCACAGGCUGUGAUGUCCCAGCAAGAAGAGUCUUCCCCUGUUGGUGGUCUCUAGACCUCUCCUGCAACAUCAACUCACCUUUGGCCCUAGCUGAUAUGUCUUACUUCAGUUCA